AUAUUUUUCACGAAAAAUAUCGAUAACUGCAAUUACGUUGCAAAUCAUACCAGGGACUGCUCUGAAUCGAUUUUGAUGAUCGAAGUUUCGUUGGAAAAGUGAAGAUUUGUUGAUCACACUACUGUAUAUAUAUUCUCUAAGAGAAUAUUAUUCGUUUCUCAUUGCAAAAUGUCGAAAAAUCAAAUUAAGAUUGGUAUUAUUGGAGGGUCAGGACUUGACGAUCCAAAUCGGCAAAUAUUUAGUUACCAAUCCGAAACUAAACGUGAAGAUGCAACUAAUGAAUUUGGAACACCGUCGAGUAAUCUUUAUCAUGGAACUAUUUCUGGAGUAAAAGUGAUAUUAUUGUCUAGGCAUGGACCGGGUCAUUCUAUAACUCCGACUAAUGUAAAUUAUCGUGCAAAUAUUGAAGCUUUAAAACUUGCCGGAUGUACGCACAUUCUUGCAUCGACUGCUUGUGGUUCAUUAACAGAAUCAAUAGGUAGAGGACAAUUAGUUGUACCUGAUAGUUUUUUGGAUAGAACGACUAAGCGAGAUGGUACUUUCUUUGAUGGCAGUUCCAAUAAAUAUCCAGGGGUUUGCCAUAUGCCAAUGGAACCAGCAUUUGAUCCGGACAUUUCCAAGAUUUUAUUACAGGCUGGGAAAGAUCUUGGCUUUGAUGUACGAAACGGAGCAACGAUAGUUUCAAUAGAAGGACCACGUUUUUCUUCUAAAGCUGAAAGUAAUGCACUCCGUCUUUGGGGGGGACAUUUAGUUAACAUGACUACUUAUCCGGAAGUCUGUUUAGCAAAAGAAGCAGGAUUAUUAUACGCAGCUAUAGCAAUGGCAACUGACUAUGAUAGUUGGAGAGAAUGCGAGAAAAGUGUACACGCAGCCGAUGUUUUAACAGUAUUCAAAAAAAAUGUUGAUAAGGUAACAGAUCUGCUAAUACGAGCUAUUGAAUUAAUAUCUUUAGAAGAUUGGGAUCAAGAUAUUAAUAAUUUGAAGGAACUCAUUAAAAGCAGUAACGUAACGCAUAAUGUUUGACGAUAAGAAAACCUCAUCAAUUGUGAAUAAAAGUUUUAAAAAUAAGUUAAGUAAAAAAAGAAGAAGUAUACAACUUUUUAAAAAAUGUUAAAUUUGAUUUAAAUAUAAUAUAUUUCUAUUUAUUUGUAUUUGAUCCAAGAGUUAUAGAACACAUUCCAUUUGUUUUUUUAAAUCCUCAGUAAAUACGUUAACGUUUAAAAUGAAAUUUGAUAUUUAUUUUAUAACACAACAUUUAAUUUGUAUUAUUAAUAAACAUUAAAUAACUUACUCAAAUAUAUUUAUAGCAAGAUUUUUUUUUCUCUUUACAUUUUAAUCUUAUUCAAGUAUUGUCAUAGUUUAAACUAAAACAUUGCAUCCUGCGUCGAUACAUACACAGUGGCAAAUCUUAAUAGUAAUGUAAAUCGAUUAUUUUUAAAUUCAUAUCAGACGAAUAUUUAAAUGGAAACAAAAAUGUUUGUUAUAAUUUUUUGCAAUAACAUUUUUACACUGUUGUCACAAAAUAAAUUUGACGUAUAAUAUAAAA